AUGAAAACAUGCAUAGGCCUUGUAGCCAACGGCGUAAAAGAUGAGAAAAAAGAAACAUCCAAUAAUACGUGGUUGGUGGGUGGUGUGUUCGGUGUGGCAGGGUGCGAGCACGCGCGCUUCAUCAGGUCGGUGGUGAGCUCGUGGCGGCUGGCGGAGGUGUUCGUGCUGUGCGAGCAGCUGGAGGCGGGGCGCCGCGCUGCGCGAUCUGCUCGUGCAGGCCGAGCUGGCACGCGAGCCGGCGCCCGCGCUGCACGCAGACCUGCUCGCUGCACUGCGCGACAGGUGGUGGUGCGACGUGGAGCUGGUGGGCGCAGGCUGGUCACUGGCGGCACAUCGUGCCAUACUAGCCGCCAGGUGUUCGUACUUCAGGGAACUGCUGCAGAGGUAUCCCAAGUUGUUGUUUGCAGCGGAUGCCGCGUGCCGCUAGAGGGCGUGGGCGCGUCGCUGUCGAAGGAGGAGCUGCAGGCGAGCGUGCGCGCGCUCUACGCCGGGCCCGCCGCGCCGCGCCGCCUGCGACCUGUGCUCCAAAUGGGAGAGGAAUGCAAAAGUGGAGUCCGACCUAGACAUCAUAAGCGGGGAGAACACCGCUUGUAA